GACCGCGCCGCCGCCGCCGCCGCCUCCGCCUGAGCCACCAUGGGUCACCAGCAGCUCUACUGGAGCCACCCGCGGAAGUUCGGGCAGGGGUCCCGCUCCUGCCGAGUGUGCUCCAACCGCCACGGCCUGAUCCGCAAGUACGGCCACAUGUGUCGCCAGUGCUUCCGCCAGUGCAAGGACAUCGGCUUCCUCAAGCUGGACUGAGCAGCGCCUGAAAAACACCCCCAAGCCGGGAGAGAGGAGGACGCAGGAGGAGGCCGCCCCUGGCUGGAGAAAGGAGGGGAGCCACAUGGGGGCCUGGCUUGGCCUGACACUUCCCGCCCUCCCUGGUGCAGACAAUAAAGAGGCUGUUGUGAGCUA